AUGGACUCUCAAGAAUCUAGUUCAAGCUUUCAAAAAAAUACUUAUAACGAUAAAAGUGAUAGUGAUAAUAAUGAAAAUAACAUAGCCCCCUUAACAAAUAUAUUGACUAGUAACAAAAACAAAAGAAAAAGCAAAUUAAGUUUCCAAAAGCAACAAACUACAUUACUAGAAAUGGUUAAAGCUAACACUCCACAUAAAGGUGAUAGAAGAAAAGAAAUAAUCAGAGGAGUUGUUGAAUAG